UAUAUAUAUAUGUUGCCAAAAAUCUAGCCCUCAAUUCCCCCGCCCCAUGUUGAUUUUUGACUCCCUCCUCGCAUGUUUCUCAAUAUCAUGUUUGAUAUUUCUCGUCCGUUUAUUUCUUCAUCGGACUGCUCUCAUACAUGUCGUCCGGAAAUGGGCAGACUGGGUCGACGACCGACUUCACGUUCACCAACACUUUAAGAUUCCUGAGUUCAACGAUUCCACUCUCCAGGAAAACCAGUUUUACCGUCGAGUUUCCCUCUACCUCAAUUCCUUAUUGCCUGCCUUGGAAGACUCCGAUUUCACCAACCUCCUCGCCGGCAAAAAACCCAACGACAUCCUUCUUUCCCCUGAUGAUCAUCAGGUUAUCCGCGACACUUUCCUCGGAGCCCGCCUCUCAUGGCUAAAUAAUGUCCUGAGAGACGACACAAACCAGGUUGUUUCUCGGAGUUUCAUGCUUCGAUUCAAGAAAAAGGAUAAGCGAAGAAUUCUGGAGCCUUAUUUUCAACACAUACACACGGUUUCCGACGAUAUAGAGCAGAGAAAAGAAUUGAGGAUUCACUAUUACAGCAACGGAAAAUGGAAAUCCGUCCCCUUCAACCACCCCGCCACUUUCGACUCCCUUGCAAUCGACCCCGAUUUGAAAACCAAAAUACAAUCCGAAUUGGAAACCUUUCUCAAUUCCAAGCAAUAUUACAACAAGCUAGGCCGCGUUUGGAAACGCAGCUAUCUCCUUUACGGCCCUUCCGGUACCGGAAAAUCUAGUUUUAUCGCAGCAGUAGCAAAUUUUGUCGAAUAUGAUGUUUACAACCUCAAUUUGUCGCAAUUGGUGGACGAUGCAGAUCUCACUGCUCUCCUGCUGCAAACCUCCUGUAAAUCUCUAAUCGUCGUCGAGGAUUUGGAUCGUUAUGUGUCGGGAAAAUCGAGGGCGAGGAUUUCCUCAUCUGGUUUGCUGAAUUUCAUGGAUGGCAUAUUAAAUUUUCAGGGGGAGAGGAUAAUGAUUUUCACGACCAAUUGUAAGGAUGGAAUUGAUUUAGCUUUGCUGCGGCCUGGAAGAAUUGAUGUCCACAUUUAUUUUCCCAUGUGUGAUUUCAAUUCUUUUAAAAGUUUGGCUAGCAAUUAUUUAGGUGUUAAGGAACACAAAUUAUUCCCACAAGUGGAGGAGAUGUUUCAGAGCGGGGCAACCAUGAGUCCGGCUGAGAUCAGCGAGUUGAUGUUGGUGAAUAGGAGCUCUCCAAGCCGCGCUUUGAAAUCCGUCAUCUCCGCAUUACAAUUAAGCAGUAGGACUGCCGGAAAGGUUGUACCGAUGGUAUGCGAGAGUGCAGUGUCACCACCAACGCCGCGUUCUAUGGCGGAGGACGCUGGUGGCACCGCCUGGAAGGAGACGAUGCCCAAAGAGUUUCGAAAAUUGUACGGGUUGUUAAGGUUGAAGAGCUGCAAGAGACCUGUAUCAAUAGAUGACGACUGCGAAAUGAUUGAACGGUGAUAUAUAUAUAUAUAUCUCGUAUAGUUUGGAAUAGAAUUUUUCCUUUUGUUUUGUUUUGCUUUUGUUUUUAAUUUUUCAAAUCAGCAGCAAAUUAUGUAAUUUUAGAGAGAAAGAUUGGAUAUCUGAUGGUGAAUUACGACUGUGUCUGAAAGUCAUUAGUGUCAGCAGGGUAAUAUAUUAAGCUCGUAUAUGUUGAUAUAAUAACUUGAUUCUACAA